UGGUUAAGGUUGGCGGGAGGCCCACGCGCUCUUCGGGGUGCCAAAGAAGAGACGACGUCUCAAGCCGCUCGCUAGCUAGUUAUCCAUAUUUCCACUCGAUUUGUUAUGCCUUAGAAUUGACGUGUACCAUCGCUUGAAAGUAGCCAACAGAGGCGAAAACCAGUUAAUCUAUACCUAAUUAUAAGUAACUUCCCCAGUCUCUCUACUAUUCAAUGACCGUGUGAAUUUCUAUUCAGUGGUCUCGAAGUAAAUCAGCAUGAAGGAAGUUACUCGAAAAGUUCGCUAUGAACUGUUCCAGUUCUACCUCCAAGAAUGCUGCCCACCUACUGAGGAUGAACUGGCCAAAUUAUCUGGGCUUGGAUCUUGCGAAAUACCGUCUAUUCUCCGUAAGCCUGAGGAAGAGCAUCGCAUAGUCCUAUACAAGCACGAAUCGUGUGCGCCAACUCCUAUGGCAAUGGCACAUCUGUUUCCACACCUGUGAGUUUACAGGGCUAAAAUAUCUAAUGUCGCCUUAAACCACCAAAUUGAGCCAUAACUGACUACUUGUACCUGUAGUCCAAUCCCAUUUAUAGUGGUUAGUCUAUGCUAAGUCAUGAGUUAAAAGCCGAGUUUGACAAUCUUCUUAGUCGGAAGGUGAGCGAAGCUGGUGCGCCCCUGGCCUAGCUGCUAUGCUGGCUCCAGACAAAGCUAUUAUUUCGGUCGGCUCAGGUUCCAUGGCCCAAGAGGUACAGGUCGUUGUUCAGGGAGAUGAACUCAAAGUUAUUUACCUUCAUCGGGAGCUCAGUACAAGCGAUUGCUGUGCUCACUUCUCUGUUCCACCUUCAACGUGGUGGAGAGAUGUUCGAUUUGUAUGUGGCACCAUCCAGCUAUUCAAAUCAAAGCAGGGUGCGCAGAAAUGGCCCCAAAAACGUGGCUUUCACACGGGAGAAAUCCUAAGCUUGGAGACUGCAUGGUCUCUCUCUAAGGUAACUAGUUGCAAGCUACGGGCUCCGGAAAUAUAAAUAUUGAAACUAACGUCAGCAACUUAGGCGUGGUACCACAACAAACAUCAAUAUGACUAUGACAGAAAGUCGGCAGCAGAUGUUACUGAGUUGUAUCGCAGUCUCGGAAUGACUGUGACUUCUGGAAGUCUUGACAUGGCGCAAAGUGCUCGUAAAGAGUUGCCUUCAAAUGUAAGAAAAGUGACUGUUCCACCCCUGGGAUAGCUAGCUCUCCAAUCCGUAUACUGCCUUUUCACAGUCAGGCGCAUGUAAACAGCAUAUUCCUUCCUUUGACUUCAUAAGUAGUUAACACCGAGGACCAAGCCGUUGUUGAGGUAUCAAAGAAUGAACUGCCGUAUCUGCCAUAGAAUUUUCAGUCUCAAAUAAUACCUCAUGCGUUUCAUCUCACUAGUUAUACAUAAGCGUUGCUGUUAAAAACCGCGCAGCACUCGCCAGCUUAUAUAGGAAGCAGCUCUUAACACCAGAAUCAGCGGUCAAGUCAACGAUCUGGGUAUGUCCAAAGUAAAGCCAUAUUUUUAGCGCUUAGUGUGCAUGCAUAAAUCAAAAAAGGUGUGGCACCAACGUACUUCUAGUAUCCCAAUGUCAAUAAGUCGCAAUCGAUCUCUGUCUGAUUCUCUGUCUGUAUUGAAACUCAAGGGUUUGUGGUAAAAAUAGAGUUGAUUAUAUAAUAUGCUUAUAUUUAACAUCACCUGACCAUAACUUUGUUUUUUUAAUCGAUCUCAAAAAAACCCAAAAGUCAAAGCAUGGAAGAUCAACUCCUAGCGUUGAAGGUCACUUGCGGCCAGCA